AUGAGCCAGCUACUCACGGCGCGACAGGCGGAGGAGCUACACAAGUCAAUCAUAGCCUAUCUGGCCUCCGCAAACCUCACCCAGAGCUCCGCUGCACUUCGAGAGGAGCUUGGCGACUCCAUCACAGUUGACGACACAACCCUCAAGAAAUAUGAGGGGCUACUGGAGAAGAAAUGGACUAGUAUCGUUCGACUCCAAAAAAAGGUGGGCUACAUUCCUAAAUACUGCACCACGAGAGAGUUCAUGGGGCUGAUUGGCCAUGGGGCUGACACCGCCACUCCCACAUCUCUCUCACGACGAAACCAGGACCCGGCGUCCUGGUUGCCCAAAAUUCCGGCUCGCCAUGAUCUCGAGUCGCACCGAGAACCUGUCACUUGCGUUGCUUUUCACCCCGUCUACUCAUCCCUUGCCUCUGGGUCGGAGGAUACUACAAUCAAAAUCUGGGAUUGGGAGCUAGGAGAACUCGAGCGUACAAUCAAAGGCCACACGAGGGCAGUGCUUGAUGUAGAUUAUGGUGGUCCGCGAGAGGGCGUUUCCGCCGUACGAUUUAUCCCAUCAGGAGCCGCCGGCUCACCAAUGUCUGGUAAUUUGUUGGUGUCGGCUUCUCGUGAUAUGACAUUGAAGAUUUGGGACGUCACUACUGGAUACUGUGUUAAGACGCUAUCAGGGCAUGCCGCAUGGGUGCGUGAUGUUGUGCCGUCGCCAGACGGCAGGUACCUCUUUUCUGCUGGAGAUGAUCGAGUUGCCCGUCUUUGGGAUGUUUCUUCAGGAGAAACCAAGGCAACGUUCUUGGGCCAUGAGCACAACAUUGAGUGUGUUGCCCUCGCCCCGUUCACGACUUACCCACACCUCGCGCCUCUUGCAGGCUACAAGAAGCCGCCACCUGCAUCAUCAUCUGCUGAGUUUGUUGCGACAGCCGGUCGUGACAAAAUCAUACGCCUCUGGGAUGCCAGGGGUAACCUACUCAAGACCCUGGUUGGUCAUGACAAUUGGGUGCGGAGUAUAACGUUCCAUCCCGGCGGCAAAUACCUGAUCUCGGUGUCAGAUGAUAAAACAAUACGAUGCUGGGAUCUCACCCAAGAAUGCAAGUGCGUUCGUACAGUCGAAGCUCAUGAUCGCUUCGUUACCUCAAUACGCUGGGCUCCACCCUUGAUCAAAGAUACCGGGGUCGGCGGCGAUGAUGGGGCAAAUGGCACGAAUACAGCGAAUGGGACCAAGGAUGAUCCAAAUGCUGCAUACAAGAUGUCCAUCCGAUGCGUGCUCGCCACUGGCAGUGUUGAUAAGAAGGUCAAGGUGUUCGCCUCGUGA